AAGGCGAACAGCUGCACGGCGCGAAGGUGUGCUGGCAGCUGACGACAGGUAAACAUUGCCACUGACAGCUGCGCUCGUCCUGCCCCGUGUGUGGUACGCGAUGUGGUUUUGAUUAUUAUUGAACCUAUCUGCAUUUCCCCCCUCGCGCUGAAGAACGUGCUGGAUGGAGACAUACUGCAGGUGUAGCCAGUAUUGCAGGGCUCCUGUGAGGAUAUUUGACAGCUGAACUGAUGCUUGAUAUUGAACACCAUGGCCAGCAAGAGGGACUUACUGGCAACAGUGGAGAGACAAAAGGAUCAAAUUGCAAAAUAUGAAACAAAAUUAAAAGAUGUUGUUCGUGCUUACAAAGGGCUCCUGAAAGAGAAAGAAGCCCUUGAAGCCAGCUUAUCUGCCUUAGCAGAAACUUCAAAAACUAAACAAGACAGUGGUGGAAGUGUGGAACUACCAGAAGGACAGCCUUCUGAAGAGAACACUGAGGGAGAAGCCUCUCCACCCACAGAAUCAAAGGAUAGCAUCACAGGAGGAAAUACAUCAGAAGAUUCUGAGGAUUUGAAGAAGAAAGUAGCUGCCUUAACCUCUGCUCUGAACACUCUGUCCUCUGAGAAAAAACGAGUUGAAACUUCCUUUCAAAAUGACAAGAAGAGACUCCUGGCUGAGAAAGAGAAGCUGGAGAAAAGUCUACAAGAAGCUGAGAAUGCCAAGAAUUCCUGUGAAUCAAGCUAUGAAGAUAAGAUAAAAGAUCUCCGAAGUAGACUGAUAAUUUCUCAACAUGAGCGAGAUCAGGACUCUCAGAAUUCAGCUGUCAUGUUAAGGGAACUUGAAAGUAAACUUUCUGUGGAGCGGAGUCUGAAGGAACGCACGGAAGCAAUCUUGGAUGAAACCCAGCAACAGUUACAGCGUUGCUCAGCUCCUGCUAAUACACACCCUCCUGAACAUUAUGAGAAGAAGAUUAGUGGUCUCCAAAAUGAAUUAGACCAGGUAAAGUCUCGAUUGAAGAAAGCUGAACAGCAGGCACAGGAACCUCCAUUAUUACGAAAAAUCCAGAGCCAGAUGGAGGAGUUGCGCACUCAGCACACCCAGGCCUUGCAGCGGGAGAGGACCCGUGUUUCUGCAGUAGAAGAGUCAGCAAGGGAUUUGGCAAAAUCACAUGAAGAGCGAGUGGUAUCACUGGAAGCAUGCCUGGCCGAUCUCUCUCUCACAGUGGCAUCUUAUGAUCGGACUAGACAAGAAGACCUUCUCACCAUACAGAAAUUAAAAGACAAAGUAUCUGAACUGGCCCAAGAAAACACUUUUCUCUUAUCACGGCUGGAGCCUGACACUGACAACAGUGAAGCAGACAUCGCGACGCUUUGCCAGCACAUCACUAAACUGAGAGACCAGCUCAUCACUGCCAACCUUCAUGCCCAAAACCCAGUGGAUGUGGAAAGCUUGCUGAAUGGAGGGGAAAACAUCCAUGUUCGAUGCCAGCAGGAAUAUGAUCAACUGAGAGAAGAAUUUGAAAAUUAUAAGAUAUCCUCCAAGCAACAAUCAAAAGCUGCUAAAGAAACUGUCUGUAAAGGGGAGUGUGGAAAACAAAUUGAAGAUUUACGACAGAAGGUACGCAGCCUUGCAUCAGCAGCUCAACUAGCAGCUGAUUCUCACACCCAGCAGGUGGCCUCUUUACGAAAGGAAUCUGCUGCCUCGAAAGCUUCAUAUGAGAAUCAGCUGCGACGACUGGAGACUGACAAUCGAGCAACAGUGGCUGCUUUAGAGCAGCAGCUGUCACUGCAGCAGCAACGCUCUCUUACUACAUUAAGUGAGCGAGAUAUGGAAAUUCAACGAUUGACUGAGGAGCUACAUAAGAAAAAUAAAGCACCACCGCAGAGUGGACUUGGUAGCCUGGAGGCCACAGCUGCUCUGUUAUCCCAGGUGAGUGGUGGGAGUGAAGGGCCCCUCCUGCACCACCUUGAAGAGUUGGCUCGAAAAGACCAAGAAAUUUCUCAGCUACGAAGAGAGAAGAGACAGCUUGAGACAACAAUGCGAGAAGUGCAGAUGGCAGCCAUUGUUCGACAACAAGCUCAGCAGGACACAAUAGAGGCUUUAGAGGAGGAAGCUGAAAGGCAUCGAAGAAAUGUUUCCAGAGAAGGGGAAAACUUAGAAUAUUUGAAGAAUGUAGUUCUUCAGUACAUGGUGAGUUCUGAUGCUGAGUCUCGUCAGUUAAUGCUAAACGCCAUUGCAACCAUUCUUAAAUUUACAAACAAAGAGACUGAGAGUGUGAAGAAGUACAAUGCCUUAUGGUGGUGGCAGCCAGCACCAAAGAAUGCAACACCAGUAAAGCCAGUUCCUAAAUCAUAGGAAUGUGUGCCUUAUAGUAAAACAAUAUAUUUUUCAUAUGAAUGUCCUAUCCAUUUCCAUUUAUGGAAAUGAUGUGGUUCAUUUUAUGCUGCUUGAUACUUUAUACACAGAAAUUUCAUGUUCAAAUAUGUUUACAUGUUAACUAAAUGUGCUAAAUCUUCAUCAACAUUACUGAACUUGAUCUGCUUUGGUAAUAGUAAUCCAUCGGUGUUAAAAUUACUGUACUCUCCUUCCAGUAAGUACAAGAUUAAUAUUGUUGUGAAUGACACUACCUUUAUUUUUCUGAAUUACAUUUAAAGAUAAAAUAGAUAAAAUAUAACUUGCUGCCACAGUAUCAAUGGUCCUAUGGAGCCUCCAGAUCAGGUGUGAAAAAUGUCUUGGACUGAGUGUUUUUUUUUUUUUUUUUUUUUGCUCAUUUAAAUUUACCAUAUUUAUAAUAACAAAUCAUAAUCACCACCAUUCUGCAUCAGGGCAUAUAAAGCAUUAAUUACUCAACAGAGGCAACAUUUAAGUAAGUGUGACUUAUAUUUUAUAAAGAGGCAUAUCAACUCAUGGUGCAUUGUGGAUAAGCAGGAAGCAGUAAGCAUUCCUUAAUAACAAAUGGAGUCUAACAUUUGGGGUAAGAUUUUAUAUCCUCUUUGUGCAAAGGUCACUUUUUGUAAAGGUGAAUGUAACAUUUUUUAUCAUUGAUAUUUAUUCCUAAAGAAAAACUCUUCUCAUGAUGCAAGUAUUUGGGCAUCAUUCCAUUUUAGAAAGAUAGAAGGUAGAGGAGUACAUUCUUAAUAUCAUUCCCAUUAUAUUACCAUCAGCACCCUUCUACCCAGAAUGUCAUAUAAAUACACACACACACACACACACACACAAAGAAAGUACUAUAGAACAAUUUUUGUUUUACAUCAGAAAAUGCCUCUUUCUUUGUAAUUUUAACUCUACAUAAAAUCUAUGCUAUGUAAUGAGAUUAGACUCAAAAUUGUAAUUCUUUCAAAUUUAAAUACUUUAUAGACAACAAUUUCUUAUUUGCCUCAUUAAGCAUAUAGCCUACAUAUGUAGCUACUGAUCUUCAAAAUUUAAUUGUGGGAAAACAAACUUCCUUUAAGAACCUACAAUUGACCAAAUAUCCUUGAAUGUUAAUAUGAGUAGAAAAAAAAAUUAUUAUUUUAGAACAAAUAACCUAAUUUUUUUUUCCAGUAAUGUUAACUUUACAACCAAGUGGACUACUUUUGUCUACAAUUGUUUUUCAAGAGACUAACACUGUAUGUUCACUGGAAGCUGAACUGAGCUGUCUGAACCUGAGUUAGUUUGUUAGCCAAGCACUGAUUGGCUGCUGCCAUAUAUGUAUUUACUACACUGAUUUUCCUUUCAGCAUUUUACCUUAUUUCAUAAAUACUGAAAGGUAAUAAUAAUUCCAAAAUUAAAGGCUAUCAUAAAAAUAAAUAAUUAAUAAACAAGAUAUACCAGUGAAUACAGUGCCAACACUGGUGUCAAAAUACACAAGAGUUAGGCAGCACCAUCACCAUACAUCCACCACACUGGUACACACUGCCUCCUCAGAGUUUAUUUUUAAACUGCAUAAUAAUAAUUAGCAAUAAAACAAUAGUAAUGCUGCCAAACUCAUGUACUUGAUGGUAAUAUUAAUGCUGCAUUCACUGACAUAUUUGUUUAUUACCUCUUUAUCUAUUAUGAUAGUCUUGAAUUUUGUGAUAAUUAUUACCUUUAAAUACCUAUAAAAUAUGAUGAUAUGCUCAAAUUACAUCACAGUAAAACAUUAUAGAAAUAAGAAGAAUCAUGGAGUAGUAAAUAUAUGGCAGCAGCUAAUUAGUUCUUACCUUACAGCCUUGCUUAAGUUCACACAGCUUGCUUGGUUCAGCUUCCAAUGAACAAGCAAUAGUUAUGAUAAUUCAUGCAUACCUAAAGAAAAAUCAAUAUGCAGGUAAUUUCUCUGAUUGGGUAACUGCUUAGACAUUACUAGUUUGUUCCAAAGAAAUUUCUUAAGUUUAUAAUCAGCCGUAAAUCAAGUGUUGGCAUAUUAAUUGCUUACCCUGUGUCUCUGUCUAUUGUAUUUUGCUUUAUAUUUAUGAACAAGUAUACUUCAUUUCCUCUAGAAAUAUAUUCAGCCAUGCCCAGUUCUUCUAUUGCACACAAUCUUACAUGGAUGAGGCAAUAUGCUUUCCCUAUUUCUUUUUUUUCAAACUUAGUGUACACAAUGGCUCAUUUUUUUUGGUUGUAAUUUUCUCAGGCAAGUGUUCUGUGUCAUGGGAAACCCCAGAUUAAUCUGAAGAUCUCUAUUUCAGAGACCUCCAGUUUCUUGCAUAUAAAAAAAAAAAAAGUGAUAGGCUUCAUUAAUGUUAAUAUUCACUGCUAAGGAUCAAGAGCAAAAGUUAAAUAAACUGUUCCAAAUAUUUAUAUAUCAAAAAAGCAAUGAUGUAUUUCUCUCAUUAGUACAAUUAUAGCUAAUAAUGAUGCCCCAGGUGUGCAUAAAUCAUGCUGUGGAUGAUGCGAGCUUGAGAUUUUCAAGGACCAGAUUCUUCAGUAUUUUCUGAUAUGAGAUUUUUAGCGUAUAUAUGUUGCAGUAGUACACAUUUCCCUAUCCAUUCAUGUAUCAGGCUGCGAUGGCUCAUUAAAGGGAGACAACCCAGACUACACAUCAUAGGUUCAUAAGAUUGAACUAGCUGAUUCAGUGAUUUUUCCAGCAAAUAUGGUUAAUUUUGGAAAGUAGAGUAUCUUUAUCAAUCAAAUUGUGCUUUAUAUUCCAAAGAAAUUCACGACAUAAACUCAUUAAAUACCUGAAGGAGUUGGUGCAGCAAGGUAAAGCAAAACUUUUUGUAGUACUGUGGUACAAAUGUUUCAAAGAUGGAUGAUCCUCAAUAUAUUCAAGAGCCCAGAAAUUCAAACAAUUGUGAUUCACCUCUCAUUACACUUAAAAAUUAAGGAAUUAAGGAAUGGUUCAAUGGCUGCACAAUUAAUUAUAUCCAAGACUUUGUAGCAAAUGGUCCUGACCUCAGGACAACAGAAAAUAUAUGUCUAUCAUGAAAAAAGUAUUGUACUGAAGAGAGACACAAGUUCCCUUUCCAGACCAAAGGAAUGUCUGACAAGCAUGUGAGAACAUGUUAAUGAUGUCCUACUGUAUGGGCUUGUGCAUUUUAAUUCUAGAAGACUGUGAGAGUCAUUUACAUGAAGGCCAACAUGCCUGCAUUCAGUUUUUGUCAUGUAUGGUAGAAUAAAGGACUUAUAAACAUGAUGCACCAUCCAACUUACCAAAGUUAAUUGCAAGCAAUAUAUACACAUGUUCACAAAGAGUGAUUCAAAAGAGACUGGAGACUAUAAGAUAAGACAAGAUUAUUUUUUUUAUAUUGAAAUCAAAUAAAGAAAAAAAUAGUAGAACCUUAAAGUUAUGGACAAAAUUUCAUUGAAAACCACUAUUAUUUCUGUGGAUUUCUAUACAAUUCCAUACAGAAAAUUUGAAUUUUUAUUCUAAUUAAUCUCCUGAGUAGUCUAUUCAAUAUGAAAAAGAACAUUUGACUGGGAUCAUUAGCUUUCAGGAAUACUACUAUGUGUUUCUGUUAAGGGCUCCUGCUGAACAAUAAGAGAGGAUGCACUAAAACAUGUACUACAAAUGUUCAUAAGAAGUAAGAACAUGCAUUAAGAAUGACACUUAGUUCAUUCCUUGUCAUCCCACAGUAAUCAUAUAUACAUUCUAGCAGCCUAAUUCCCCAUACCCAGAGAUGGCUUCGUCAGGUACUUAUGAAGAGAGAAGCCAGUUCUGUGGUAAGCUUAACUAUGUAUAAUAUGACAGAUUUCUCUAAAUGGAUUGAUGUGGAUGAAGGUGUGAACACAUACAUGUAUCAAUUCUUAAUAUGUAUUGAUUUGGUGUGGAUGAAAGUGUCUUCCCAUAAUGUAGCUCAUUAAUUUUGACAUGCAGGUUGUUUUGUUGUGAUGUAUUAGUCAUUGUAAUUGUUUGAAUCUUUUAAUGAUAUUUAUGUAUCUUUUAAUAUUUUUUUUCUUUCUUUUCAUAAGUUUAUUCAUAUGAUUUUUACCAUAUAUAUCUUAAGAUUGAAUGAAUGCAAUAAUAAAUUAGUUACCUCUAUGCUCUUCCUAUAUUCUGUGAUGGUGUUUCAGAAAUGUACAUAAUGUAAAUGAAAUUUAAAUAUGCCAGGUCCAAAAAUAUUUUAAAUGUUAUAUAUAUAUUUGACAUUAAAAAGGGUAAAAAAUUAUGCAGCUUUGCUUGCUUCCUUCUUCAAGUAUUUGAACAGAUAACUGCCUACUUUGUUGUGUCAUUAUAUGUUAUUUGAUAUUUGAAUGGCAGACUAGAAUAAAAGCAUUAAUGAGCAUCAGAGCACAAGCAACAAAAUCUUAGUGUAUAAGACAUGCAAAUUUCAAUAUUAAUACAGCAGUAAAGACCAUGUGAGUAAAAAAAAUGCAAAUUGAUUCUACUAUUUUAUUAUUUCUUCAUGCACGUUUAGCUACAUUUUAGUACAUAAACUGCAAAUAGGUGACUGUAGCAGAUGUUACUCUCCAGUACCACACUAAUAUUAAUAAACUGCAUUUCGAUACUUUCAAGCAACACACAUGUAGUUAUACAAUCCCAUGCAGAAACCU